AUGAAGUACUAUUAUAGGAAUAAUUAUUGUUUAUCUCAAAAUAUAUUAGAUAAUAAAAAUAUAAUAAAUUGUGUUAAUCCAAUGACCAUGUGUUCAGAUAAUAAAUAUGAAGAAGAUGAAAAACAAAAGGGAAUUUCUUUAAAUAUAUCAAAAUGUAGAUAUUUUCUAUUUCCUAUUGUUGGGAUAUUAUAUAUAAUCCUAUUGAAUAUAUUAACAUUUGAGGGAAAUAUAUCCACUAAUAUACAGUUCAAGAAUACAUUUAAAAGGAAUUUAAGUUGGAAAGAACCUUCCCUUGCUGAAGUUCGUCAGCGUUAUGAAAGGAGAUCAAUAUAUUUAGGCGAAAAUUUUAUGAGUACAGCAAAGAAUUUGUUAAAAAGGGAAUGUAAAAAUGAAAAAAGUGUAUUUAAUAAGUAUUCAUAUUUAUUCGCCAAUUUAUUCAAGGAUGAUUCAUGCUAUCGCUUUGAAAUAAGUCAUUAUAUGUUAUCAGGAAAUAGUGAAUAUACAAAUGAUUUAGAUCUUGAAAUAAAUAAGCAACUUGUAUUAUUAAAUAAUGACAAUAAUAGUGAGCUUAGAAUACAUACUAUUUGGCAUAAUGUAAUGAAUAAUGAGAAAAGAAAAUUUAAUUCAGUGAAUACUUAUUUUAAUAAUAAUUAUCUUGAUUUAAGAAAAAAAUAUAAAACACCUUUUAAUUAUGCAAAAUCAACGUGUGAUCAAUGUAAUGAAUUUUUUGUAGUAGCUAAAAAAUAUGUUGAAAAUCCAUUGAAUAAGCUUUUUAAUAAAUGGUACAAAAAUAAUGUUUAUUUAGAUGCAAAUGAAUUUAAGGUUAUUGUAAUGGCCUGUAGAUUGUUAUGGAGAAAAAAAGCUGAAUCUUUAAAAAAAGAUGGUUUGCUUUAUCUGAAGGAACCGUUUGAAGCUCUACAUCGUGAAAGAAAAAAAAUUCAUGAAAAGGGUGGAAAUGCUUUAAAAUUUAAGGCUCAAGAGUUUUAUGAAAAAAAUACAGAUUUAGUUACUUACAAAGGAAGUCGUUUAUUGAAUUCACUUAAAAAAGUAAAUUUAGAAGUAGAAUAUGAUGAUGAUGAUGAUGAUGAAGCAGAAAAUGAAAAAAAAAAACAAGAGAAAAUCAAAGACCAUAAAAAAGAGGAGGAAGAUGCAUAUGAAGAUAAUGAAGAUUAUGAUGAUUAUGAUGAUUAUGAUGAAGAACUAUAUGACAAAAAUGGGGAAGUUAUUGUUGAAGGAGCAAAUGAGGAUCAAUCAUAUGAAUAUAAUUAUCAUUAUGAAGAACCAUAUAUAUUAACCCCUGAACUCAUUGAAGCAAUUGAAAGGGCAGUCGAAAGAGAUGUUGAAAGAGAGGUUGAGAGAAGAUCUGAGAAAUUAAUUGAUGAUAAAUGGAAAAGAAGACUUGUACAAGAAAUAAGAGAUAAGCCAAAAAAAAAAGUAAGAUUUAAUUCAUAA